ACGUGGUUUCAGAACGUAAUGUGUUUAUUUUUACAUUUUUCUUUGUGUUUAAGAUAUUUUUAAGGUCGAAUAUAAUUUAUGUUGUGUAAUAUGUACGGUAAUUCAAAAGGAGAACCAUUGUUUUAAUUAUUUACUCUAUGUAGAUACGUUUAUGGACUGAAACAAAAAAACUUGGUUUCAGAACGUAAUGUGUUUAUUUUGACUUAUGUGUGUUUAAGGGUAAAUUUUCUGUAGAACGUAUCCCUGUAGCACGUAUCGAAGUUUAUCCCUUGAUCCUGAUAGCAUGAUCCUGUAAAUUUUGAUCCUUUGGUACAUUAUACUUGCUGUUUUAAUUUACUACGUCAAAGGAUAAUUCCCAAAAACUUGUCAUAUAGUUGAAUGCAAAAUAUAUUUUCAAUUUUAUUCAACUUAAGAUCAUAAUUAAUUGUUAUAUCACAAGUUUUUUGUAAUGUUCAGGAUCUUUUGAUGUACUAAAAACAGCAAGAAUUUUGUACCUACCACACAAUCAAAAUUUAUAGUAUCAUGCCAUCAGGAUAAAGGGAUAAACUUGGAUACGUGAUACAGAACUUUUACUUCUUAGGCGGAUUUUAUUUAUUGCAAUGAUACAAUUUUGUUGUAUUUAAAAUAUGACAUGCUCUACACCAUUUUAUGUAUGGUGAGCAGAUAGCAGCAACAGUUCACAAUGGUCCGUCACAACAACCAGCUGCCAGACAAUCUCCCUCAGCUACAGAACUUAAUCAAGCGUGACCCUGCAUCAUAUCGUGAAGAGUUCCUGCAGCAGCACUGCUACUACCAGUCGCUGGUGAAGUUGUUCUGCCUGCACCCGGACAAGUUCGACAAGAACCUGGACGAGCUGGUGAUGUUCCUGGCGCAGGUGGCCCACUGCUACCCGGACGCGCUGGAGAAGUAUCCCCAGGAGCUGCUGGACCUGCUCCAGAGCCACUACGCCGUCCUGGACAGCGCCAUGCGGAUGACAUUUUGCCGGGCUCUGAUUCUGCUACGCAACAAGAAUCUUCUGCAGCCAAUGGAUCUGCUGUCCCAGUUCUUUCAGCUGCUGCGUUGCAGGGACAAAGUACUCAGGAAGUUUCUCGAAAACCACAUCGUCACUGACAUAAAGAACAUGAAUGCAAAAAACAAAAGUGUCCGCGUCAACACGGCUCUCCAAAAUUUCAUGUUUAGUAUGUUGAAGGACAGCAAUGCAAAAGCAGCAAAAAUGUCAGUGGACAUAAUGGUGGAACUGUACAGAAAGAAUGUUUGGAAUGAUGCAAAAACAGUGAAUGUUAUUUCUACAGCAUGUUUCUCUAAGUUUGCUAAGGUGGUCACUGCAGCAUUGAAAUUCUUUCUGGGGUCCGACGAACCUGACAAAAAUUCUGACGACAGUGACUCUGAUAAUGAAAUCUCAGCGAAAGAGGUCAUCAUGGCAAAUAAAGUAAACAAAAAGACUCGCAAACGGGACAAGCAACUCAAGAAGGUUAAACAAAUUGUUCAGAAAAAGAAAAAGAAGAAAAAUGCAGUCCCAGUUUACAACUUCUCUGCUCUUCACUUGAUUCACGAUCCUCAAGGCCUGGCGGAGAAGCUGUUCCAGCAGCUGGAGAGGAGCAACGACAGGUUCGAGGUGAAGCUGCUGCUGAUGGAGGUGGUGUCUCGGCUCGUGGGCCUGCACCAGCUGCUGCUGCUCAACUACUACCCCUUCCUGCAGCGCUUCCUGCAGCCGCACCAGAGAGAGGUAACCAAGAUUUUGCAGUGCUUGGCACAAUCAGCACAUGAACUAGUACCACCAGACGUACUAGCACCUCUCUUGAAAACGCUCGUCAAUAACUUUGUCACAGAGAGAAACUCGUCCGAUGUAAUGGCGGUGGGCCUGAACGCGGUGCGGGAGCUGUGCGGCCGCUGCCCGCUGGCCAUGGACGAGGACCUGCUCCGGGACCUGACCCAGUACAAGAAGUACCGGGAGCGCAGCGUCAUGAUGGCCGCCCAGUCCCUAAUCCACCUGUUCCGCGUCUCCAUGCCCGACAUGCUGCGCAAGAAGGACCGGGGUCGGCCGACUGAAGCUAGAGCUGAGUUGAAGCAGAAGAAGUACGGAGAAGUGGACGCAAAAUCGUACGUUCCUGGAGCGGAGGUCUUGUUGGACAAAAACAAGAAGCCGGAGGAUUCUGUGGCAGUGGACAGCGCUGAGAGCGAAGACGACGACGGUGAGUGGGUUGACAUGGAUCACUCGUCUGCCGAGGGCGAAGAAGACGCGAACCAGCCUGAGGAAUCUGCCGCGAAUGACGAGGUGGAAAAGGCUGCUGCCGGCACGUCAGAGGGAGACGGUACUGCUACGGAAAAGGAGACAAAAGCUGCCCUAGCAAGCACCCUGCGAAUUCUUUCAGACGAGGACUUCCGCAAGAUUGACGCGGCUCAACUCAGCAAGGAAGUGACGUCGGCUCGCAAAGCGAAGAAGCGGCCUGCGACUGAGGAGAAAAACUCCAAUGGUGAAUUAGUUUGUCUUCAAGAUAUCGAGAACAUCUACAAAAAACGAAGACACGACAAAGAGGCGAGGCUAGAAACUGUCAAGAGAGGACAACAAGAGAGAAUAAAAUACAGUGGGUAUCAAGAUCGCAGGCAGAAUCCAUUUGCAAGCAAAACAAACAGAGAAAAACGUAAGACCAAGAACUUUAUGAUGAUCCGACACAAAGCUCGUGGAAAAGUCAAGCGUUCUUUCAAGGACAAGCAGAUUGCAUUGAGGAAUCACCUUUUGAAACUGAAAAAGAUGAAAUAAUCAAACAACAUAAUGUGUAUAUAUAUGCAUUUCAGAGCAAAGAAAGAAAAAAAUUAUUUUAUCACAUUAUAUUUUAUUGCCAAAUGGUAAACUACAUCUUAACGUUCAACAGAAUUUGGACAGUUAAAUUUACGUUUGCAGUAUGUGGGAAUAUUUUUUUUUUAUGUACACAGAGAAAAUUCCUUCUUCGCAUGUAAAUACUUAAAAAAAAAUUUUUUUUCCCCAUAGACUUUAUUAUUACUUGAGGCAAGAAUAUAUGUAAGUAAAAUGUAAAUAAAAAAUAUUAAAAUAUUAAUAAGCAUGAA